CCAAGUAGGAGAAGAAGUGUAAGCUCAGAAACGAGGAACAGCCCCCAUCUACCGGCAGCGUCUCCUCUCCUUUCCUCUCCUCUGCCUCCUCCUGCUCCUCCUCCUCCUCCUCCUCCUCCUCCUCCCUGCACAACAGUGCGCACAGUCCGGAGCCGCCGCCGCUGCUGCUGCUGCACCGGGAUCUGCAUCUCAGAGCCACUGUGGACGCGCAGUGAGCGCGCGGCGCAGCGCUGCAUUCUACAGUAUAUGGAAGUUGUGGGCUGCAAGACAGAGGCAGGCAGUUGCACGUUGCGUCCAGGACCGGGAGCCAUGCUUUUCCACGGGAUCUCCGGGGAUCACAUCCAAGGCAUCAUGGAGGAGAUGGAGAGACGCUCGAAGAGCGAGUCUCGCCUGGCGAAGGGACUGCAGCUCAACGGGAGGGAGUCGACGAUGCCUUCAAUGAGUCCGGAGAAACCGGCUCUGUGCGCCGGCUGUGGUGGGAAGAUCUCGGACAGAUAUUACCUGCUGGCCGUGGACAAACAGUGGCACCUGCGCUGCCUCAAAUGCUGUGAAUGUAAACUGGCGCUGGAGUCCGAGCUCACGUGUUUUGCCAAGGACGGAAGUAUCUACUGCAAAGAGGAUUAUUACAGAAGGUUCUCCGUGCAGAGGUGCGCGCGCUGCCACCUCGGGAUUUCGGCCUCGGAGAUGGUGAUGCGAGCGCGCGACUCCGUGUACCACCUGAGCUGCUUCACGUGCACCACCUGCAACAAGACGCUGACCACGGGGGACCACUUCGGCAUGAAGGACAGCCUCGUGUACUGUCGCCUCCACUUCGAGACGCUCGUGCAGGGACCGGAGUAUCAUCCCCAGCUCAACUUCGCCGAGCUCGCGGCCAAAGGCGGCGGCGGCCUCGCGCUGCCGUACUUCAACGGCACCGGCACCGCGCAGAAGGGAAGGCCGCGCAAGAGGAAGAGCCCGGCCAUGGGCAUAGACAUCCCGAGCUACAACACAGGCUGUAACGAGAACGACACGGAUCACCUGGACCGGGACCAGCAGUCGUACGCUCCGUCACAGAAGACCAAGCGCAUGCGGACCUCCUUCAAACACCAUCAGCUGCGGACAAUGAAAUCCUACUUUGCCAUCAACCACAACCCAGAUGCCAAGGACUUAAAGCAGCUGGCGCAGAAAACGGGCCUCACUAAGAGAGUUCUACAGGGAGAACAAAUCUUGGGGCAUUACAGCCAUACAUCCCGACGUUUGAAAAUUCCCUAAAGUAUUAAGAGAAGGGGAAAACUUUGAUGGGAAUUCAUCACCAUUGAAGACAAAGACAAUAUUAGGAUAAGACGAUAAUAGCCUAUUGAGAACAAAUAAGCAACCACGUUAAAAAAAAAAAAAAAAAAAACUGUUUCAGUUGACGAUUAUUGUCAUCUGAGCAAAAACAAUGAGUUUGUCCUAAAUGUUUGAGUCCAUCAACGGAGGAGAACCCACCAUGUGUGACCUUUAUAAUAUCAAUGUGAACUGUAUUUGGAAUGCACAAAAUUACAUUAAACAAAGUAUUGUAACGUAGUUUAAAAAAAAAAGAAAGAAAGAAAAGAAGAAGAAACAGCUCACAGAAAGAGACAGGAUGUGAUUAAAAGACAGCAGGCAUCCACAUGACAGGAGUGUGAAACAGUGACGUAUGGCUGUUUCUGAAAAUAACACACACACACACACACACACACACACGAAGAAAGAAAGAAAAAAAAAUCCCUACAUAUGUAAGCACAAUAUAUACAUAAACACACACACACACACACACGCUGCCCUCAUGCACCCGCCCAAGAAUGCGCUUGCUACAUAGAAGUUUUCUUUUGUCACGAGUGUCAUUUCAUGAACACACGGCCUCCUUGAAACUCGGCAGCAGGAUGUGAUGCCCAUCAUCACACGUGAGGAGUGUAUGAAGGAAGGGGACUGCAGAGCUGGAGCUUUGCCAUCUGGCUGAGACCGAGGGAAGGAAGUGGAGAGAGGAAAAAAAAAAAACACAACAACAACGAGAAAACAAAAAAAAAAACUAACUAACUAAACUAAACUAAACAAACAAACAAAGCAGAUAAACAAGAGGUUCUUAUUUUGCAUGCGCCUCAUCAUCUUUGUUAUUCACAUUUUACUUGAGAUGUGUAUCAUUUCCCUUUGAUUCACUGUAUGAUUCAUUGUCGGCUGCGAAAUAAAGCGUAUUAAAAUAAUGUUCCCUGAUGCAAGUAUACAGUACAGGAGUACCUCACUGUGGGGAAAAAACUAAAACAAAAAAACUAAUGUCCUUUUAAGGACACGGAAGUUAUUGUAGAGGAGUUUACAUGGACAUAUACAGUGUUUGACACAGUUAUCAGACCAUCACCCAAAGCCACAGCCGCCCUAAAUUAACAAUAUUGGUCAUUUUUUGAUGUUUCUGUAUGUUGAAGCUCUUUAACUGAAAAUGAUAUUUUUAAUGCUAAAGUAUAAUUAUUAUUCUUAUCCAUGAAUUUUCAAAUGUACUGUUUUGCAAAAAAAAAAAAAAUAGUUAGCACAUUAUUAUUUCUUGUUUAAUUCAUGUCAAAUAAUAGUUAUUUACUUUUAGUUUUAGUGGUUGAAUGUUAUGCUUGACUCAAAUUUGGGUAUGAAAAGGUGAAUUAUUUGCCAAAUAAAUAAGAAAUAACACAUUUUUUUUGAAAGAUCUUUUCGUCUUUAGGACAGGUGGUCUAAUAAAUGUGUUGAGCACUACCAUAUAAAUUUAAAAUCUUAGUUGUAAAAUGUCACCUAUUAACUGUGACGCAGGCGAGUACACAAUGGGUGCACAGUUUUUAAACAUAAUGUACAGUCUCAUUACUUAGUGUAUGUGCUAUGUGUAUGAUGUAAGGGUGGUAUGCUGUGGAAAGAGAAGAAAAAAAAAGCAAAGGAAAAAGAGAGGGGAUAGGGGGAGGAGGAGGAGGAGGAGGAGGGGGAGGAGGAGGGGAGUCUGAAGCCACAUGGGGACCAGUAAACAGGCUGGUGUUGAAUUCCAACAAUGUGGGAAACAGCAAACACUUCAGUCAGUCCAAGAGGAAACCUCAGUGGCUGCGGUGCCGUGGCACUGUGGCAGGCAGCAGGGCUGCGUUCCCCGGGUCUGAUGGCGGGCGGCUGUGACACCACACAGCUACAGGAAGCCGGGGCUGGAGAAGAAACACAAACAAACACAGCCAGCGCCGCUCACUUCUCUUCUGGAGCUGCCGGUGGAUUGGAAAUUCUGGACAUCAUCAUGGCCCUGGUGUUGACAGGAAUUUCAGGGGUUUACUGAUGGCGACUGGAAUGCAUCCCAUCACAACACUAGAGAAUGUGUUUCUUUUUGUAAGCAAAUGCCCGCUCAGCCAUUUUCCUCGCCAGUGGGAGUCAUUCGCCCCAUUCCAGGUAUUUCCAAAGUGAUAUUAAACCAAAUGAAGGAUGUGGAAAAUACAGAGAGCUGACGGCUGAUCCCCUGUGACUCUAUUGCAUGCAAGACUUUGAGCAUGAACGUGUAUCUCUGCAUGGUCAGUGAAUGACUGUGAGCGCCGAGUUCUUAUUCUGACUUUGCACUGAUUGUAGUACGUGGCCACGUCAUAUAAUAGGAAAAGCCACACUGCUCCCUUUGCUGUUUAAGGUCCAGUGUGUAGAAAUGAGUGCGUAUCUUUGUGCAGGUCUGUCUUGAAUAUGAGACCCCGUGUCUCAAUGGGAUAACUGUGUAAAUAAAGGUGAAAUAAUAAAAAAAUGAUUUGUGAAA